AUGCAGGAACUCGUCCUUGGCCACACCCUGACUGGCCUCCGAGUGCAACCUCGCAACACCCCCGGAAUAACUUGGACUGAAUACCACCCCUUUUCCCUCCCCGCCCGCCCCCGCAAUCCCCGGAUUUGCAGCAGUCCACAAGCAGGGUUUGGGGAGAGACCACCUCCCUAUCCAAGUUCCUGGCAGAGCCGAUCACCCAGCAACCGCUGCGCCGUGGUGUGCCUGGCCGAAUUUUGGAGGGGGAUCUCGAGACAGUGA